UAAAAUAAAAUAAAAUUGCUAUUGCGGUUUUUCCAUUGUAUUCCGUUUGCAUAAUUCAAGGAUGAAAGUUUUCUUGUAUUCAUUGGAACAAGGAAACAAAUAAAAUGAAAAAAAAAAUUAAUGGUAAGAUUAUUUUAUAUAUGAAAAUUCGGAUAAACAGAUGAUUACUGUAAAUUUUCAUUUUUGUAGAAUUACUGAAAUUUGGCCAUUGCAAUUCAAGUUUGAUUAUGAUGAUGAUGAUGAUGAUGAUGAUGGCACACCAAUUUCCUGUCAUGGAAAUUUUAUAUCACGACAACAACAGUAUCCUCAGUUGUAUAGAAAAAAAAGAAUUUCCUCUCUGAUUCAAUUAAUUUUUAUUCACAUUCAUUCAUUCAUCAUUUCAUCAUUGAUCAUGGAUAGUCGUGUAGUUAAUUAUGGUGCUAUAAUAUUGAUAUUGAUGAUUCUAUCAAAUCAAUCAUCUGCCAUGGUUCCAUUGUUUAUGCAACGUUUACGAAAAGCAAAUGAAUCGAAAACAACUCAUACAACGAUUGAUGGUGAUUUUGAUGAUGAAAUUAGUGGAUCAUUAUUACGAAUAUUCAAGAAUUUUCCAUUGGGUUCCACUGGAUCUUCGAAUGAAUUCAUUAGUUAUGAUGGCUGGUAUCAUGAUUUAAAUAAACCAGAUCUUGGUUCAAAAGGUUCACCAUUGAAACGAUUGAUGUUUCCAAAAUUAUCUCAACCAUCGGUUGAUAGUAAUAUGACUAGCAACAUUUUUAUGUUAAGUGAAUCAAUUUUCAAAGAUAAUCAAAUUCAUUUCUCCGUCAAUGGUAAGAAUUUAAUGUCCGUAUAUUUUGGCAUGUUUAUCAUGAAUGAAAUGAUGUAUACAUGGCGUCCAAGAUGUCCACCGAAUUAUCGAAAAAUUCCGUUGCCGAAAACAUAUCUGGAUCGUCUUGGAAAUGAAGUGCGAUAUCGCCCUAGUACUCCUGGACAUAGUUUUAUGUUUUUAAAUGAAAUUGAACAUUGUAAAUUAUCCGAAUCGUCCACCGAAUAUCUGCCGAGUAAAAUGAAUUUUCGUAGCAUUUGGAUCGAUGGUGAACUUGUAUAUGGUGAUUCAAAAUUUUGUGCCGAUUUUCUUCGUACAUAUAAACGUGGCCGUUUAAUCGAUCAUACUAAACAUCAUCAAUCAUCAUCGAACCAUCGAUUUGGUCGAGAAUGUUUUAAUUAUUUUGGUGAUAAUCCAAUAAAUGAAAAUCCAUUUUUAUUGACCAUACAUUUCAUAUGGAUUCAUUGGCAUAAUCUGAUUGCUGAAUUAAUUUAUCAAAAAAAUCCAAAUCUAUCCGAUCAAGCUAUAUAUGAUGAAGCAAGAAAAUAUACAAUCGCUACAAUACAGCAUAUUGUGUUCAAUGAAUGGCUACCAUCAUUCAUUGGUGAAACACUGCCACCGUAUCAUGGAUAUGAUCCAAUGAUUGAUCCACAAAUUAGUGAUUUAUUUGAAAUUCUAUCCAAUGUUUAUCAUUAUACAUUGAUAUCACCAUUUGUAUUCAAAUUGGGUACAGAAUGUUCAAAAAAUUUCCGUUAUUCAAUCCUACGUACAUGUAAUACAUAUUUUGAGCCAUUAAAUUAUGUAGUACGUGGUGGAUUCGAAAAAAUUCUGGUCGGAUUAUUAUUACAAAGUGCACAACGUGAUGAUCAUUAUAUUGUUGAAGAUAUUCUUAUGUAUUCCAAAGGAACAGCAGCAGAUUUUACUCGACAAAAUUUAAUCGCUAUUCUUCUACAAUAUUCUCGUGAUUUUGGUACACCUGAUUAUCUAUCGAUAAGAAAACAAAUUGGUCUUGAUCAGAAUAUUACAUAUGGAUCAUUUAAACAAUUAUCACGUACACAAUGGUCAUAUCCACGACGUUUGAAUCAUCAAUUAGAAAGGAAAUUAUCACAAUUAUAUCGAAAUAAUGUGGCCAACAUUGAUCUAAUUGUUGGCGCAUUAUUAGAGAAUAAUGGUAAAGAACCGGGUCCAUUGAUAAAAUAUUUUUUCAUUGAACAAUUUCUACGUCUUCGUAAUGGUGAUCGUUUGUAUUUUGAAAACACAAAUAAUGGCCUAUUCGAUUCAUAUCAAAUACGAAUGUUGAAACAGAUUAAAUUUUCCGACAUAAUCAGAUCGAUUACAAAAUUUACAGAUGAAUUAAUACAACCUGCUGCAUUUAAAUUACCAACAAUGGAAAAUGAUGAUGAAAAUUCCAUAUCGGAUAAAUGUUUCGAGAGCCUACGGAAAUUGAUUCGUGUUUAUCCAUGUGAUACAACUGCUGCAACGGAAACAAAAUGUUUAACACUGGCAACAUUUCAAACAAUUGAAUCAAUGGAAAAUUGUACCAAUGGACAAUGUUAUGAUUAUUUCAAUGGCAGUCAAUUAUCAUUUAUCGCCACCAUUCUAUUCAUACCAUUGUUUAUUAUAUUGUUGAUUAUCAUAUUAAAAUUAUUGUUACAUCGACGUAAUCGUCAAACCGAAUGUCAACGUAUAAAAGUGUCAAAACUUCGUCGUAUGACAAUCAAUGAUGAUAGUACAUUGGUACAAGAAUGGCUUGGCAAUAACAGUGAUGGUUAUCGUAAUACGAUUGUAAUUUUAAAUUCAAAAAUUCAUGCUAUCGUUGUGAAAUUACAAUAUGAAAAUCGUAUUGUACGUAGUAUUUAUCUCAAAAAAAGUGCUGGAAAAAUAUCGGUGGAACUAAGUGCAAAUCGAUGCCAAAAUCAUAUGUUGAUUCGUUUUCCAAAAGAAUAUGAUCUUGUAUUGAAAUUUGAUUCAUAUUAUGAACGGGAAAAAUUUCUGACAAAAUUUGAAACAUUUCUAAAUGAAAUUCAUUAUCAAAUGGAACGAUCAUCAAAAGAAUUGAGAUUUAUAUUCAGAUCAGCAUAUACUAAAUGUAAACGACAAAAACAUUUGGAAAAAUUUUUUCGUGUCGUAUUCACACAGGCUUUCAAUCGAAAACCGGAUAAAAUUGGCAAUUUAGAUUUGAAAUCGGCCAAAGAAAUUAUCGAAACAGAAUUAACACAAUUUGAAUUCGCCGAGGUAUUAUCAAUGCGUCCGGAUGCUACAUUCGUGCAGCAAAUGUUUCGUUUGAUCGAUAAAGACAAUAAUGGUUAUAUAUCGUUUCGUGAAUUCUUGGAUGUAAUCAUCAUAUUUGCAAAAGGUUCAGCUGAACAAAAAAUUCGUAUCAUGUUUGAUAUGUAUGAUAUGAAUCAAACUGGUCGUUUAUCUAUCGAUGAUUUUCGUGCAAUGAUUAAAUCAUUGCUGGAAAUUGCUAAUCAAAGUGUAUCAUCAAUAGAGAUGAAUGAAACAAUACAAUCAAUGUUAUUGGAAAAUGGUUUCACAGCUAAAAAAGAGCUUACAUUUGAAGAUUUUAGUCGUUUAUUUCAUAAUUAUAAAGAAGAAUUAGGUUAUACUGAAUUGAAUUUUGAUCUGUCCAGUUUGGAUAAAUUACCACAACAGAUGAUGAAAUCGAAUAAAAGACAGAGUAAAAUAAUUCGUGCAAACGAUACAAUUGUUCGCAGUUAUUUUGGUGGUCAUGCCAGUAAUGGGCCAGAUUUCACUCGAAUUAAUCGAGUGCCAACAUUUUUAAAAAUUGAAACACAAGAAAAUUCCCGUGAACCAGAUUGGAUUGUAUCAUGGAUACGAUUUUUUGAUGCAAAAAAGAAAGAAAUAUUCUGUCUGAUUUUCUACAAUCUAAUUGCAAUGAUUAUUUUUCUGGAUAAAGCUUAUUAUUAUGCCAAUCUAAAUGAAUCAUCGGGACUUCGCCAAAUAGCCGGAAUGGGCAUACCAAUAACACGUGGUUCGGCAAGUGUAAUGAUGUUUACCUAUUCAACGAUUCUAUUGACAAUGUGUCGUAAUAUCAUAACGGUAAUACGAGAAACAUUUUUACAUCACUAUAUUCCAUUUGAUUCGGUUGUUGCAUUUCAUAAAUACAUUGCGUUCCUGGCAUUCAUAAUGGCCAUUCUACAUUCAUUUGGUCAUGUUAGUAAUUUUUAUCAUAUAUCCACACAACGUCCAUCUGAUUUGAAUUGUAUUCUAUCGGAAACUUAUUUCACUUCAAAUGAAAUGCCAAAAUUUCAUCAUUGGGUAUUCGGUACAUUGACUGGAUUAACUGGUUUCAGUUUACUAUGUUUAUUGUUCAUUAUUUACAUUUUUGCUAUACCAUAUUCACGUCGUCAUAUAUUCAAUGCAUUCUGGAUAACACAUAGCCUUUAUCCAUUAUUCUAUCUAUUGAUGAUAUUACAUGGCUUGGGACGAUUGGUUCAACCGCCAAUUUUCUAUUUUUAUUUUGUCAUUCCAUUGACAUUAUUCACUAUUGAUCGAUUGAUUAGUGCAAGUCGAAAAAAGAUUGAAAUAUCCGUCGUAAAAGCAACAUUACAUCCAUCGAAUGUUACACAUUUAGAGUUUAAAAAACCACCAAAUUUUGAUUAUAAAAGCGGCCAAUGGUUACGUAUAGCUUGUUUAGGUUUGAAUCCAGGGGAAUAUCAUCCGUUCACCAUUGCAUCGGCACCACAUGAAUCAACACUUUCACUUUAUAUUCGAGCGAUUGGACCAUUCACGAAAAAUAUUCGCCAAAUGUAUGAUCAUAACCUGUUGAAUGGAAGACCAUAUCCUAAACUGUAUCUAGAUGGACCAUAUGGUGAAGGCCACCAGGAUUGGUUUCGUUUCGAUGUAUCGGUGCUGGUUGGCGGCGGUAUCGGUAUUACACCAUUUGCAUCUAUUAUCAAAGAUAUAACAUUUCGUUCAAGCAUAAAUGCCAAGAUUAAUUGUAAAAAAGUCUAUUUUCUAUGGGUAACACGUACACAAAAACAUUUUGAAUGGAUGUCCGAUGUAAUACGUGAAGCAGAAGAAAAAGAUUUCAAUAAUUUAUUGGUCACACAUAUUUUCAUUACACAAUUUUAUGAAAAAUUUGAUCUAAGAACAACAAUGUUGUAUAUUUGUGAACGUCAUUUUCAACGUAUUUCCAACAAAAGUUUAUUCACCGGUUUACAAGCGAAAACACAUUUUGGUAGACCCAAUUUUAAAGUUUUUUUGGAAUCAUUACAAUAUGAACAUCGAAAUGUCGAAAGAGUUGGUGUAUUCAGUUGUGGACCAAAUCCAAUGACAAAUAGUGUACAACAAGCAUGUGAUCAAUUGAAUCGUAAAGAGGGAAUUAUAUUUAAACAUCAUUUUGAAAAUUUUUGACAUAUACAACUUGUUGUUGUUGGAUUUUGUUGUUGUUCAUUUUUGUUUGUU